AUGGAGCUCUCCCAACUCGCCGUGCCCUCUGUCUACGUCCUAAUCUUCUUCCUUGGGUACCCCUCCCAAUGGCUUCUCACGCAGCUCGAGCCCAGGCCACUAACCAAGAACGAACUCAUCUUCGCCAACGUCAUACUCGUGUUGAUAUUCAUCACGUAUACGAAGAGCGUAUUUGUCGAUCCGGGCAGGAUACCGAAAGAUUGGGCGGAGAAGCAAGAGCUGGGAUUGUCUGAGGAGAAGAAAAAAAAGAUCACGAGAAAAUGGUGUCGGAAAUGCGAGGCGCCGAAGCCGCCAAGGGCACAUCACUGUAAGGCGUGUAAAAGAUGUAUCCCCAAAAUGGACCACCACUGCCCCUGGACCUCCUCCUGCGUCUCGCACACCACUUUCCCCCACUUCCUGCGCUUCCUCGUGUCCACCACAGUCGGGCUCUCAUUCCUGCAACUCCUCCUGUUCACCCGUCUCUCGCACCUCUGGAACUCGCGGCACCUCCCCGCCUCCCUCGGCCCCUCCCCCUUCCUCUUAUUCCACCUCUUCGCCACCACCCUCGCAAACAGCCUCACCCUCUUCGCCGUCGGCAUCCUCGCCCUGCGCAACAUCUGGGUCCUCGCCAUCAACGUGACCACCAUCGAGGGCUGGGAAAUCGAGCGACACCGCACGCUCCUGCGGCGCGCGCGGCAUUUCGGCGGGUAUCUCGAAACGCCUGAUGGCCAGGCGAUUCGCAUCAAGAAACAGGAAUUUCCAUACGAUAUCGGUAUCCUGCGCAACAUUUGCCAGGGUAUGGGCAGUGCGAAUCCGCUCAUGUGGUUCAACCCCCUCGCGCCCAGUCCGAGCGUGCAGAGCGCGUUGCAGUUUGAGGUUAAUGGGUUCGAGGAUGAGGGCACCGUGUGGCCGCCGCCGGAUCCGGAUCGGAGUUAUAAGAAGGUGGAGAGGGGAGCGGAGGGAGAGGCGUUUGUGUUUGGGGGCGAGGGAGAGGGAGAGGAUACGAUCAAGGCGUUUAGGGCGAGGCAGGCGCAGGAUGUGGUUAGGAGGAGGAAGCCGUUUGUCGAGAGGUUGGAGGAGAGGGUGGAUAGGGAUGGAUAUGAGGAUGAGUACGAGUAUGGCGAGGAGGCGAGUGAUGGGGAGGAAGAGGAGAAGGAAAGUUAUGGAGAGGGAGAAGGGGAAGAGGGGUGGCGCAAUUCUGAGGGCGAGAGACUGCAGGACUUUGGUGUGGAUGAAGAUGUUGAGUUUUAUGAUGAGCAGGAGGAUGAGAUUCCGCUGGCGGAGUUGAUGGCACGUAUACAAGCGGCAUCCAGUGGGGCGUCGUACCCAUAG